UGAGCAGCAAUUCUAUAUUCCGGAAAAUUGGAAGAGCCGAAGAGGUGCUUCUUCGAGAGGGAGAGCACUUCUCAAUUCCACUUUCUAGGGCUUUGACGGAACAAUGGACGCAGCUCAAUCCUCUGACACCGUGAUGGCGGAGGCGGCUCCGCCCCCUGAGCCGCCUCCAGCUGCCGGAGUUCCCCAACCUGGAUUUGAUGGUAUUCCGAUGACUUUGAGUCACGGUGGACGGUUCAUACAAUACAACAUAUUCGGCAACAUAUUCGAGAUCACCUCAAAGUACAAGCCUCCAAUAAUGCCCAUCGGCAAGGGAGCAUAUGGCAUCGUAUGCUCGGCCUUGAAUUCAGAGACAAACGAGCAAGUUGCAAUUAAGAAGAUUGCGAAUGCAUUUGAUAAUAGAAUUGAUGGUAAGAGGACUCUACGCGAGAUAAAGCUCCUCCGCCACAUGGAUCAUGAAAACGUUGUGGCGAUCCGAGAUAUAAUACCACCACCCCAACGGGAGGCAUUUAAUGAUGUUUAUAUUGCAUAUGAGCUGAUGGACACUGACCUUCAUCAAAUAAUUCGUUCCAAUCAAGCAUUAUCUGAGGAGCACUGUCAGUAUUUCUUGUAUCAGAUUCUCCGUGGGUUGAAGUACAUACAUUCUGCCAAUGUUCUGCACAGGGACUUGAAACCUAGCAAUCUUCUCUUAAAUGCUAAUUGCGACUUGAAGAUAUGUGAUUUCGGACUUGCGCGUAUUACCUCUGAAACUGAUUUCAUGACGGAAUAUGUUGUUACAAGAUGGUAUCGGGCACCAGAGCUACUGCUAAACUCAUCAGAGUAUACUGCAGCAAUUGAUGUAUGGUCCGUGGGUUGCAUUUUCAUGGAAUUGAUGGAUAGAAAACCCUUAUUUCCUGGCAGAGAUCAUGUGCAUCAACUCCGUUUACUAAUGGAGGCCUCACAAUUGCGGAAGAGCAAUUUGUCCACUAUGUCAUUGAUGCACAUAUAG